AGUGCUGGGGGAACCAAAACUGAUACAACACUGGUUUUCUUUGGCUGGAUAUGCCCCGGGACAUGUGAUACAACUCAGGGCACCGCACCGUUAGGAUGUACCUGCACUGGCUCUGCGUGAUUGUGACUCUAAGCACCUUCCAAGCGACUACUGGCCAGUCAGGAGUAUGCACUGGCACAGAGAACAUGCUGAGUUCACUGUCAGACCUGGAACAACAGUACAAAGCUCUGCGCAAGUAUUAUGAGAACUGUGAAGUGAUUAUGGGGAACUUGGAAAUCACCAACAUUGAGCAUGGACGUAACCUCAGCUUUCUGCGGUCAAUCCAAGAAGUGACAGGCUAUGUCCUUGUAGCGCUCAAUCAGUUUGACUAUCUGCCUCUGGAGAACCUGCGCAUCAUCCGUGGAACCAAACUGUACGAAAACGCCUACUCACUGGCGAUCUUCUAUAACUACCGAAAGGAUGGGAACUAUGGGCUGAGAGAGCUUGGCUUGAAGAAUCUGACUGAGAUCUUGAAUGGAGGAGUUUAUGUUGCCGAGAAUAAGUUCCUCUGCUAUGAAGAUACCAUACUUUGGCAAGACAUUGUUCGAAACCCACAGGCUGCCAACUUCACCUUGGUUCCCAGCAGACAUGCAGAGUGUGGGAAGUGUCUAAAGUCGUGUAAUGGACGCUGCUGGGGACCAUCAGAACACAAAUGCCAGAGAUUGACAAAAACUGUGUGUGCAGAGCAGUGUGAUGGUCGCUGCUAUGGAUCCCAAGUUAGUGAUUGCUGUCAUAGGGAGUGCGCCGGAGGCUGUACAGGACCCAAGGACACUGACUGCUUUGCCUGUAUGAAUUUUAAUGACACUGGCUCCUGUGUCACCCAGUGCCCUCCAACCUUGAUCUAUGGACCAUCCAUUUUUUUGAUGGAGCCAAAUCCCAAGGCCAAGUAUUCAUAUGGAGCCACAUGUGUAAAGAAAUGUCCACAUAACUUUGUGGUGGAUCACAGCUCCUGUGUACGGGCCUGCCCCAGCAAUAAGAUGGAAGUUGAAGAAAAUGGAAUUAAAAUAUGUAAACCUUGCACAGAUAUCUGCCCCAAAGUGUGCGAUGGGAUCGGGAUAGGCUCCUUGCACGCGGCUCAGACGGUGGAUUCCAGUAAUAUCGACAUGUUCAUCAACUGCACGAAGAUCAAUGGGAACCUACUUUUUCUGGUCACCGGCAUUGACGGGGACCCUUACCAUGGUAUAGCUGCACUAGAUCCUGAGAAACUAAACAUCUUCCGAACUGUGCGAGAGAUCACAGGUUUCCUGAACAUACAGUCCUGGCCAAAAAACAUGACGGAUCUCAGUGUCUUCUCCAAUUUGGUCACCAUAGGAGGCAGAGUGCUUUACAGCGGCAUUUCACUUCUGAUCCUCAAGCAACACAACAUUGUGUCCUUGCAACUUCAAUCUCUGAAAGAGAUAAGCGCCGGAAAUGUUUAUAUCACCGAUAACCACAAUCUGUGCUAUUAUCAUACAGUCAACUGGACCUCAUUGUUCAGGGCACCCAACCAGAAAACCACCAUCCGCAAAAACAAGAAUCCAGAAAACUGCACUUCUGAAUUGAUGAACUGUUACCCAUUUUGUUCAAGUUCUGGGUGCUGGGGUCCCGGGCCUGACCAGUGUCUCUCCUGCAAAUACUUCAGUCGAGGGAAGACUUGUAUCAAGUCCUGCAACCUUUAUAAUGGCGAAAUCCGCGAGUUUGCCAACGGCUCUGUUUGUUUAGAGUGUGACAACCAGUGUGAGAAGAUGGACGGCAUGAUCACUUGCAGGGGACCGGGUCCUGAACACUGUAUAAAAUGUUCCAACUUUAAAGAUGGCCCAAAUUGUGUGGCAAAAUGCCCAGAUGGGGUUCAUACUGCAAGUGGCUUCAUCUUUAAGUAUGCAGACUUGAAUAAUGAGUGUCGUCCCUGCCAUGUCAACUGCACCCAGGGGUGUCAAGGCCCUUCCACCCAUGACUGUGUAUGGACCGUCACAUCCAUUCCACCUCAGCAUGAUAGAACCCCCCUGAUCGCGGCAUGCAUUAUUGGAGGUCUCUUCAUCAUAGUCAUCACGGCUCUGACCUUUGCCGUUUAUAUUCGACGCAAAAGCAUCAGGAAGAAGAGGGCUUUGCGCAGGUUCUUGGAGACAGAGCUGGUGGAACCACUGACACCUAGCGGAACAGCACCGAACCAGGCACAACUGAGGAUCCUAAAAGAAACUGAGCUGAAGAGGGUGAAAAUCCUGGGAUCUGGGGCAUUUGGCACUGUUUACAAGGGAAUAUGGGUCCCUGAAGCAGAAACGGUGAAAAUUCCAGUGGCCAUCAAAAUUCUUAAUGAUACAACUGGACCAAAAGCUAAUGCAGAGUUUAUGGAUGAAGCUUUGAUUAUGGCCAGCAUGGACCAUCCACAUUUGGUUCGCUUGUUGGGGGUCUCCUUGAGUCCCACCAUCCAGUUGGUUACUCAGCUCAUGCCCCAUGGCUGUUUACUGGACUAUGUCCAUGAGCAUAAGGAUAACAUUGGUUCCCAGCUACUGCUCAAUUGGUGUGUCCAGAUUGCAAAGGGUAUGCUGUAUCUUGAAGACCGCCGCCUUGUUCACAGAGAUUUGGCAGCCAGGAAUGUUUUGGUCAAGUCCCCCAACCACGUGAAGAUUACAGACUUUGGGUUGGCCAGACUGCUGGAAGGAGAUGAGAAAGAAUAUAAUGCGGAUGGAGGCAAAAUGCCAAUAAAAUGGAUGGCCUUGGAAUGCAUCCACUACAGGAAGUUCACCCAUCAGAGUGAUGUCUGGAGCUAUGGAGUAACCAUUUGGGAACUGAUGACCUUUGGUGGAAAACCCUAUGAUAGCAUUCCAACACGAGAAAUCCCUGAUCUUCUAGAGAAAGGAGAGAGGCUUCCUCAGCCUCCUGUAUGCACCAUUGAUGUCUACAUGGUUAUGGUGAAAUGCUGGAUGAUUGAUGCUGACAGCCGACCCAAAUUUAAAGAGCUGGCUGCAGAAUUCUCCAGGAUGGCCCGAGACCCUCAGCGAUACCUAGUUAUACAGGGGGAUGACCGUAUGAAACUUCCCAGCCCCAGCGACAGCAAGUUCUUCCAAAACCUUCUGGAUGAUGGUGACCUUGAUAAUAUGAUGGAUGCAGAAGAGUAUCUUGUUCCUCAGGCAUUCAGUAUCCCUCCCCCUAUCUACACCUCCAGGACAAGAAUUGAUUCCAACAGGAGUGAAAUUGGACACAGCCCACCUCCUGCCUACACCCCUAUGUCAGGAAACCAGUUUGUGUACAGGGAUGGAGGCUACACCACUCAAGAACAAAUGACCUUGCCAUACAGGCCUACCAACACUUGUCCCAUUCCAGAGGUGCCCACAAUACAAGGGGCCUCAGCUGAACUCUUUGAAGAGGUGUGUUGCAAUGGUACUCUCCGCAAACAGAUCUCAGAAAGAGCACCAGAGGAGAAUAGCCUCCAGAGGUACAGCGCUGACCCCACAACCACUUUAAUUGCAGAACGCAACCCAAGAGGAUGUGUGGGAGAGGGUGGCUACAUCACACCUAUGAAGGAGAAGCCCAAAACAGACUACUUGAGUCCAGUAGAAGAAAAUCCUUUUGUGUCACGAAGAAAAAAUGGAGAUGUUCAAGCUCUGGACAACCCUGAGUACCAUAAUGGGCCUAGCGGACAACCUAAAACUGAGGAUGAAUAUGUGAAUGAGCGUCUGUAUCUGAACUCAUUCUCUAAGCCAGUGGAAAAUGCAGAAUACCUAAAAAGCAAUGGACUUACCAUGCCAGAGAAAGCCAAGAAGUCAUUUGAUAACCCAGAAUAUUGGAACCAUAGUCUACCACCUAGGAGCACCAUCCAGCACCCAGAUUAUCUGCAUGAAUACAGCACAAAAUAUUUUUAUAAGCAAAAUGGACGCAUCCGGCCAGUAGUGGCUGAAAAUCCUGAGUACCUGACGGAGUUUACUCUGAAGCCAGGCACUGUCAUGCCCCCUCCGCCCUACAGGCAUCGGAACACUGUGGUGUAGAAUUAUCAGUAUUAUGGAAACUUGGAUUUACCCUUUCCAAUUCUCUUGGAUUACUUAAGACCUCCCUCCCCAUUAGCCACCUUUCUUCCUCAGGUGUGCUUCCUCUCCAUGCGAGAUCAAUCCCAUCAGAAGGUGUAAGGAUGUUCAAGUUUUUUCUAUUAGUCAUUAGGGAGAGCACAUAAUGAAACCCUUAAAUGCUUCUCAAGUUUUAGUGAACUGGAGCAACAAGGGUUUAUAGAUUGCAGGACUUAAAAUUCCAGUAGAACUAACUGGAAUCUGCAUGAAGGAUGCAAUGCAGCAGAUGGUAGACUCGUCUUUUAAGUACCCAUGCACUUGCAAAUAUUUUCCUAAUAAUCUGCAGUGUUUUCCAGCUCAAUUCAGUAUUUUUUUUUUUGUACAAGUGUUUGAUAAAAUAUUUCCUGUUCUGUACCACCAUUAAAUACUGAAGGUCACAUCUCAGUACAGCAACAUAGCUUAUAGUCACUUAAGUGAAAAGCUUAUUAUAUACCGUCUGGUGCAGAAUUCUGUUUCUAAUCAUCAUCUCUUAUCAUGUGACAUGAUGCUUAUCUGAUGACACCCCACGCAGUUACCAGGAGUAAAUCUUGUAUAUUCUUCUGAGUGAACCACUUCUUCAGCUUCUGUGUGUAAGUGAGAAGAAUGCAUUUUAAAUGUUUUUUAUUCAGGGUUGAUGACAGAAAAAAAUAUGUUCUGCAUUCAACUAUUACUUUAAGUUAAAAAAAAACUGGCUUGAGCUAAUCACAUUGACAAAGAACAUCUUAAAUGUGAAUUGUGCCAUAUAAUCUGUUUAAAUGUACAACCCUUUAGAAGAAGAUUGAUUUGUUUAACAAACUAGGGGUGGAAAUACCUCUAAUAGUUCUAUGGAACUUGCUUUGGCAACGCAACACAUUGUUUUACAAUGAAACAACAUUCUCUGGGCUCUCAAGAGCUGUUUAUUUUUGGAUUAUGUUACAACCAACAAAUGUUUCCAACAUUCUCCAUUUUUGUAAUGUAUCAGCCUGGAAGUUCAAAAUGCCAUCAAUUCAAACAAAAGAAACGUAUCGGCUCAAUCAUGAAAGUGACAAUAACAUCAUAUGUUUAAUUGUUAUAAUGUUUCAGGUCUAGCAUUAAUGCCAUAUUGCAAUUCCAUGAUGGCUCUAUAGUUGGAAAUCUCCAUAAGUCAGACUUGCGGAAUAAAAUGUUGCAUGUCGUAGACUUAUUUAGGAUAAUCCAUAAGAAAAGUGGAGCAAUCAGAAUGUAAAAGCUUGUUAGCCAUGGUUGAUACCUGAGUUCUAUUGACAUAGUGUGGCUGCUCUUGGAACAAGCACAGUUGGGGAAAAAAGGAUGUAGUCAUCAAACAGAGGAAUAACAUGGAAUCCGUAUAUCAUGAUGGAAAUAACAUUAGGUUUGUUUUGUUGAAGAUUUACAAAAGCUGGCUCUUUUGGUUGGCUAAUUUGGGGGUUCCGCAGGGAAACUGGAAGACUAAAUGCAGCAGGAAAUGAAGAGUCUACAACAGCCAGUUUUGCACUUAAGAUGUUCUCUUUGUUUUAGUUGCUGACUGUUUUACUUUUAUUUUUAUUGGAUUUUGAAUGAAGCAAUAUGGAAUUAACCAGCAGAAUCAACAUAUGUACUGUAAUGGCUGUGGUUAUGAUUAAUAAUGAAAUUACCUGCAAAGAAAAUAAUCUAAUAACGUUCUCUUGAGAAUAAGCUAUAAAGAUAUUCCUAGUGCUAUCAGUUUAAACAAAAUAAAUCACUAACUAGGUGGUUGAAAAGGUUAUGUACGCAAAUGAACAGUGUCAGUUACUAAAUUGAAUUUUCACUUACAGUACAACCUCAUGUUACAUAGAGCUUUUAAAUGUCCAACUGUUACUUUUUACUGGUAGAUGUACUAUGUCCUAUAUAUGAAGUCCACGGAGGAGUUCUAAUAAGGUCAGAUCUUCUAUUUACAUUACAACUAAACUCACACUUCCCUUAAGGGUUCAUAACUAGUGAUUUAUUAGAGGAUUUAAUUUCUUAUUGUUAUUUUAAGCAUUCUUGCAGAUCAAGCUUGCAAUACUAUGAACAAAUGGUGGGUCAGAAAUAAAAAAGUCAUAUUGGUAUAAUAUAGUUAGUUCUUCAGCUAAAUGCAGUAGCCCAUGAUUUGUAAACUCAGGUGCAUCAUUUUUAAAGUGAUGUUAUUUCAGAACUAGAUCUGGUCUGUUUUUCUUAGACAAAAUAUUUCUAACUGCAGUGGUUGGAAAUGAGAUUGUGUUAUCUAGAUGAGAUAGGUGUAAUAGUGAUGAUACCACAUCAGAUAGAGAAAACUGGAAGUAAGCUUUUAAAAAUCUGUUCCUUCAAAUAUUUGAUCAUUAAAAGCUUGCAUUUCAAUCCAUCACAGUUUCCACGUAUCACUUACCUAGGUGUGCAAGAAUAUAAGGUCAUUCCCAAACAAAAUCUUAUGACACCAUAUAUUUGUAUUGUUGGAAAUACCGUCUAGUUUUUGAGAAGCACAGAUUUGUAAAUACCUCUAAUUUCUUUUUAAUACUUUUCCUUUUAUUUUCUCAAUACUGUUUCAUAUUUUUAAAAUUUAUUUAUAAUAUUGUAUAUUUCUGUUGUCUGUAUUUGCCAUAACCAUAAUGUCAUCUUUGCAGUUAUAGGUGGUUUGGAUAAACACAGGCACAUAUUUCCUACAGUAUUACAGGUUAGAUUAUGAAUUUCAAUACAUAAGCUUAUCAAUGUUGCUGAUUAGUGGUCAUAAAAUUUAGGUUAUUGUGGUUAAGCAGACGAAUAAUAUACUGCCAACUAUAUUAUCAUGCAAGGGCCUACAAUGCAUCGCUGGAGAUGUGGUAUUCAGAUAGAUAUCUCAAGUGUUUUGGUUGCAAUAAUCGAUUAUGCAUAAAGUAACGGAACAGUCAAAUAAUAAAUAAGGGAAUUUGCAAAGGAUUGUAAAACUGCACAAACAUUGUCAUCAUGAUUAUAAAUAAGCUUUGAAUCAUGUGUAUGGACUGAAAGAGUGGCAUUCACUUGUUGGGUAUAAAAGUUGCAAGUCAAAGUAUAUCAGACAUCUGGGUGGAAAAAAAUGUAAUCUCCAACAGUGGAUGGUAUUCAAGUUAUGAACAUACCAAGAAAGACAAAAUACUGUAUUACCAAAUGUGGUCAUCAACCUCAUUAUCUCUGUGUAAGAAGUAUUCUACAUAAAUACUGUCAGCUGCUUCGCUCCGUUCAUGCUCUAGAAUGUUUUGGACUGAGAGAGAUUGCCAAAUUCUCAAUGUGUGGGCUACUGUGGGUGAUUGGAUCAGUUCUUAGAGAAGAUGCUGUGCUCAGGAUUUAAUGCCAAAAAUGAAAAUUCCCAGGAGAGAUAUAGAUGGACAGAAAAGCAUUCAUGGGAAGAAUACACAUUCAGGAACACUGGGGUAAAUAUUUUUUGGCAAGUUGUGACUAACUGGUGACAAAACACCUAUGAUCUUCCUCCAGGCAACAGAACAGUUGAAAUGGGGAUAUUUAAAGCUGACUUGUACCUUGAUGAUCACAGUGUAAAUUUCAGAAUCUGUUAUGGUAGAUGCAUCCUCGGUUCUGAUGGUAUGAUGAAAUAAUGUAGCAUUUAUUAGCACUGCUGUAAUAUGGGUCGAUUAUUAUUACUCCCUCUUCUGCUGGAGAACAGAAAAAGGUGUGAGCCACUCCAACAGUAAAGGGACUACAUGAAGCAGCUGUGUAAAAGAAGGGCAGGUAUUUAUGUAUGCACACUUCAACAAAAAGGACGAGGUAGUGUAGGAAUAUCCCUAGACAAACAGAAGGAUAUACAACCAUUGCAUCUUGAAGGCUUCCAAUGAAUUCUAGCACACAGGUGACUUUAAAAAAAAAAGAUAUAUUUUUGUUCAAUUCAAAAACAUAAUGGCACAAAUACAGGCAUCUAAUGCAUACCAUGCACAUGAAUGUGCAUCAUCUGCAUUGGUUGAAUGGAAAAUGGCCAUACAGCCACUAAGUAAACCUAUAGACCUAGUCGUGGUUGGCAGCUUAACAGCCAUUUUCUAACUUAUGUGCUACUAAAAUGUUUCAGUUCUCCUGGCUGCAGAGCAUUGAAGUAAAAUAUCACGUUAUAUAAAGUUCAAAUACAAAGGAAUGGCCAUGUUAAAAGUAACAUGCUUUAUUAACUCUAAGCAAGAUUCUAGGAUCUUGUUUCAGACAAAAGGGAUAACAACAUACUCCAAUAAACAUUCCAGUUUAUUUAAUAUUUAACUAUAGAAUAAAAAAUAGAAUUAUAUUGUCAUUUAGCGUUUAUUUGCUGAAAACACUUGGUAUAAAAUAAGCCAAACAUUAGAUACACAUUUUUUCCUGUAAGCUGCUAAAAAAAAGUUUGUAAAUAUUAACUUUCUGAAAUUAAAAUGUAAACAUUUAAAAUGAAUACUUUUUAUUGGCACUGUAUGUAUCAGACUUGUGUUAUUUUUAAGGGUUAUAUGCAAAUAUUUCAUUAAUAACAAUGCUCUGCAAAUGAACAGUGUUGCAUGUGUCAAAAUUACCAGAAUAUUUUCACUUCUCCAAAGAUUAAUUCAUAAACUUGGAAACAUUAAUUUUUCUUUUGAUGGCUGUUUUUAAAAAUGCAUAAUGAGACUGUAGAAUUGAAUCAUUUUUAAUGUAAUCACAGCAUUGUUUCACAUUUAAAUUUAUACAAAUGUUUAAAACCUUGAGAAAGAAAGGCUUGUCAUUACAUUUCCAGCAAGUAUACAGAAGAAAUGUUUAGUAUGAUUUACCAUUUUAAUAUUCUAGAUUUCUAGUUUUUUUGGGGAUAUUUAAACACCUGUGAAUUUAUCUUUGACCUUUCAUUUCUGUGCAGAAAUAUGGUCUUUAUUUUCACCUCCCUGAGAAAACUGUAGCUUGGCAUUAAGUAAAUUGUUUCCAAGUUGUAGUAACAUGUAUCUUAUCAAUUAUUCAGUAUAUCCUCCUCCAGAGCCUAUGCCAAGUCUAGUAAAUAAUUAUUUUAACUUGGAUACAUUUGAUGCAGGUUUCUCUGAGCAGCUAAGAUUAAUUCAGCUAUAAACCACAAAUGGCACUACAACUUAGAGAAUGAUGAUAUUUUAAAAUAAAUUGAUAUAAAUCAUUAUUUUAAAUACAUGAUUUAACAGCUUUACUCUUUCUCCCAUUAAAGAGAAACAGAAGGGGGGGUUAUAUUUUAUGUAGUUUAAAGAGACACUGUUACUCCUAAAAACACAUUUUGUAUGUAGAACAAUAAACUGCCUAUGGGCAUUUGUUCUAUGUAUGAAUUACAAGUUAAACUGUUUUCUACCUCCCAGUAUUUGUAUUUCACAAAUUAAGACACUGUUAUGAAUGCAAAUUGAUUAAUUAAAAUGAUUGAAUUGAUGGCAUUAUGAGUGGAAAAGUAAAUACUUGCAACAAAACCUACCCACAAAGUUUUUUUUCGGUGAGUGAUGCAGGUCAACUUGCAUAAGCUGUAAUUUUGUACUGGUAUUUUAAGUCAUUUAAGAUGCCAGCGGACUAAAUCAACCAUAGGGAGAGAGCUCAGCAGACAGGAUAGGGAUCAUAUAGACAGCAUUCCCUAUAUGGUGUGUGGGGUACAAUGUAGUCAUUUAAAGGGACAGUCUACACCAGAAUUUUUAUUGUUUUAAAAGAUAGAUAAUCCCUUUAUUACCCAUUCCCCAGUUUUGCAUAACCAACACAGUUAUAAUAAUAUACUUUUAACCUCUGUGAUUAUCUUGUAUCUAAGCCUCUGCAAACUGCCCCCUUAUUUUAGUUCUUUUGACAGACUUGCAGUUUAGCCAAUCAGUGCCUGUUCCCAGAUAACUUCACGUGCACGAGCACAGUGUUAUCUAUAUGAAAUACGUGAACUAACACCCUCUAGUGGUGAAAAACUGUUAAAAUGCAUUCUGAAAAGAGGUGGCCUUCAAGGUCUAAGAAAUUAGCAUAUGAACCUCCUAGGUUAAGCUUUCAACUAAGAAUACAAAUGGAACAAAGCAACAUUGGUGAUAAAAGUAAUUUGGAAAAUUGUUUAAAAUGACAUGCCCUAUCUGAAUCAUAAAAGUUUAUUUUGGCCUAGACUGUCCCUUUAAUACCACAGAACAUUAUUCUCAAAAUAGCAUUUUGGAUUUUUUUGGAGCUGUUGUGGGUUUUCUGUUGCCAGAAUCAAGUUCCAUAUUUAAUAUCCAUAGGCAGGAAUCAUUCUAGUAUUUUCUCCUUGUUUGUGUAUUUAUAUUUUAAAAGGCUUAAAACUCACAGGUGUUACCUCUCAUUAACUCUUAUAGACAGCCCAGUAUACACAAUGGAAUAUAAGUAGUGUAUUUUAACAUGAUUUGAAAAGCUAGGCAGGUGCCCGUUUCAGUAAUGUAGCCCAUAGAUAGCUGCCUAUUUCCCCUAAUGACAGAUUUGGAUAUAUACAAGUUAUGUCUGUACAUUGACUUGAAAAACAGAAUUAUUUUGUGAAAUUAAGGGAGGGUGGAAUUGAAAAAUAAACCAUUUUCUAAAUGUUAGAUCACUUCUUUUUCAAACAAGCGAAAUAAUUUGUAGUAUUUUUAAAUCUGUUCUUUUAAAUGCAUGAAAGAAAACUGUUCUUUUUAUGUCCCUAAGCUUGUCUGUCUUCUGGUACUGUGAUACAUGCACAGAGCACUGCCAGGGGAUGAAAAAAAAAAAAUACUGAACGGUAUGAUUAAACAAAUACUCAUACCAAAAAAUUUACUCAGUGUUAUUCACUUUAUAGCAGGAUUCCCUUUGUAUAUAGGACAGAGAAAAAGAAAGAAAAGCCCUGUUAAAUGUCUUAAACUAUACAUAAUUCCACCCUAUCAAGGUCAGCUAAAGUCCUUUUAUUGAUCUGUAAAGGACAUGCUCAAAACUAAACUUCCAUGAUUAACAAAGUAUGUGCAAUUAAAAAAAAUAAAAAUUUCCAAUUUAAUUUUAUUAUCAAAUGCAUCUCUCUUGUUAUCCUUUUUUAAAGCGUAUCACCUUGACAUUACACUGAAUUAGACUUAGAAGUGUGCACGUGUUUUGAGCACUAUAACAGGAUAUGCUAUGUUAUGCUUGUAACAUUGGUAUCAAAAUAGUACUCAAGGAGCAUGCACGCCUUUUAGCCUAUUUAGAUAGCUGUUGUAGAAAGGAAAUAAUGAACAAAGGAUACUAAUAGAGUUACAUUUGCUAAUAGAAGUACACUGGAUUUUUUCUAUCUUUUACAUUCUUUGGGGCCGAUUUAUCAACUUGUGGGCGACAUGAUUCACUGUAGCAAAUCAUGUCCACCUGACAUCGAUAAAUGCCGUCAGCAUACACUGUCGGCAUUUAUAAUUGCACAAGCAUUGUACCGCCUCCUGCACACUCGCGGCCAAUUGGCCGCUAGCAGGCGGUGUCAAUCAUCCGGAUCGGAUUGGGAUGAUUGCAGUCUGCCACCUCUUAUGACCGCUGCUUCUUAACUCUUGUUUCCGGUGAGCCAGAAACAUCGGGGGUAGAUUGCACAUCUGCUGCUUGGUAAAUCUACCCCUUUGUCUGAAUUAUGGAAGUUUAGUUGUGACUUCCAUUUUCCUUGGUGGCCUUUAGGAAGUAAAUCAUUUUUAAAAUCUUAUUUUUGUUCUUAAGAAACCCAACAAACAAAACUGUUUAACUGUCCCUCAGUUGAUAACAUGCAUACAUACCUAACUGCCCCUCAGUUGAUAACAUGCAUACAUACCUAACUGCCCUUCAGUUGAUAACAUGCAUACAUACCUAACUGCCCCUCAGUUGAUAACAUGCAUACAUACCUAACUGCCCCUCAGUUGAUAACAUGCAUACAUACCUAACUGCCCCUCAGUUGAUAACAUGCAUACAUACCUAACUGCCCUUCAGUUGAUAACAUGCAUACAUACCUAACUGCCCCUCAGUUGAUAACAUGCAUACAUACCUAACUGCCCCUCAGUUGAUAACAUGCAUACAUACCUAACUGCCCUUCAGUUGAUAACAUGCAUACAUACCUAACUGCCCUUCAGUUGAUAACAUGCAUACAUACCUAACUGCCCUUCAUUUGAUAACAUGCAUACAUACCUAACUGCCCUUCAGUUGAUAACAUGCAUACAUACCUAACUGCCCCUCAGUUGAUAACAUGCAUACAUACCUAACUGCCCUUCAGUUGAUAACAUGCAUACAUACCUAACUGCCCCUCAGUUGAUAACAUGCAUACAUACCUAACUGCCCCUCAGUUGAUAACAUGCAUACAUACCUAACUGCCCCUCAGUUGAUAACAUGCAUACAUACCUAAAUGUCCCUCAGUUGAUAACAUGCAUACAUACCUAACUGCCCUUCAGUUGAUAACAUGCAUACAUACCUAACUGCCCCUCAGUUGAUAACAUGCAUACAUACCUAACUGUCCCUUAGUUGAUAACAUGCAUACAUACCUAACUGCCCUUCAGUUGAUAACAUGCAUACAUACCUAACUGCCCUUCAGUUGAUAACAUGCAUACAUACCUAACUGCCCUUCAGUUGAUAACAUGCAUACAUACCUAACUGCCCCUCAGUUGAUAACAUGCAUACAUACCUAACUGUCCCUCAGUUGAUAACAUGCAUACAUACCUAACUGCCCUUCAGUUGAUAACAUGCAUACAUACCUAACUGCCCUUCAGUUGAUAACAUGCAUACAUACCUAACUGUCCCUCAGUUGAUAACAUGCAUACAUACCUAACUGCCCCUCAGUUGAUAACAUGCAUACAUACCUAACUGUCCCUCAGUUGAUAACAUGCAUACAUACCUAACUGCCUUUCAGUUGAUAACAUGCAUACAUACCUAACUGCCCUUCAGUUGAUAACAUGCAUACAUACCUAACUGCCCUUCAGUUGAUAACAUGCAUACAUACCUAACUGCCCUUCAGUUGAUAACAUGCAUACAUACCUAACUGCCCCUCAGUUGAUAACAUGCAUACAUACCUAACUGCCCUUCAGUUGAUAACAUGCAUGCAUACCUAACUGUCCCUCAGUUGAUAACAUGCAUACAUACCUAACUGCCUUUCAGUUGAUAACAUGCAUACAUACCUAACUGUCCCUCAGUUGAUAACAUGCAUACAUACCUAACUGCCCCUCAGUUGAUAACAUGCAUACAUACCUAACUGUCCCUCAGUUGAUAACAUGCAUACAUACCUAACUGCCUUUCAGUUGAUAACAUGCAUACAUACCUAACUGCCCUUCAGUUGAUAACAUGCAUACAUACCUAACUGCCCUUCAGUUGAUAACAUGCAUACAUACCUAACUGCCCUUCAGUUGAUAACAUGCAUACAUACCUAACUGCCUUUCAGUUGAUAACAUGCAUACAUACCUAACUGUCCCUCAGUUGAUAACAUGCAUACAUACCUAACUGCCCUUCAGUUGAUAACAUGCAGACAUACCUAACUGCCUUUCAGUUGAUAACAUGCAUACAUACCUAACUGCCCUUCAGUUGAUAACAUGCAUACAUACCUAACUGCCUUUCAGUUGAUAACAUGCAUACAUACCUAACUGCCUUUCAGUUGAUAACAUGCAUACAUACCUAACUGCCAUUCACAGCCUAGAGAAACAAAAUAUAACUGUAUGUUACUAUGAAAAUGUGAAUAGUAUUUUUCUAGAUUGUCAGAUGUAGCCAGAUGAAUUUGUACAUAAGGGCGGGCAUUUCUCAUCUACAAGACAACUUCCUUUGGAUUUUUGCUGCUCUUCUGAGUUUAUUUGUAUAUAAUUGUGGACAGCUGCUGGGUUUAAGUUUCUGUAUAAGGAAAUUUUAUGUUCAUGUUUGAUCAUUUUUUUUUAAACAUUGCUUGUGAUUUGUUUGCUGUUGCUUGCAUUAUCCCUGCCUUCUCUUUGACUAGGUCUCUCACCCUUUUUAGCAACUUUUUUCUUCUUCUCAGAAUCCCUGUUUUGUUUGCAUAUUUCAAAAUGAAGGACUGUUCCCAUGUGUUAGCAUGUUUAACCUCUUCUCUACUGGACUGACUUGCUUCUCAAAGCAUCAUUGUGGUAGAGAAGGGGUUACAAAGGUUUUGUUGACUACAUUAUAGAGUAUUAUUUCUACAAAUCCUAUUAUUUAUCUUGUAAUUCUAUGGGAGGGUAAUUUUGAAUUAAUGUUGUACGUGUUCAAGUGAUUUUUGAUCCAUUGCUGAUGUAUUGUGAGUGCAUUUUAUCUCAGCUUGUGUUACCGACUAAUCUUACCUUUUUUUAACAUAUGUUAGAUAGGGAGAGUCCCUCAGAGCUCCUGUGUAGUGUUUUAAUUCACAUGUGUCUGAUAAUGGGCAGUUUUCUCUAUUUAUGACCAGAAAGGGGCACCUUUGCUAUGAGUUAGCCAUUCAGUAUGCUGACUGUGCCUCCUUUUCAAACACACAUGGCUAUUAUAAGACUAUACUCUUGGGUAACCUAGGGGGGUAACCUAGGGGGUGUCUAAACCUAAGGCCAGUUUUUUUUCAGGGUUUUUUUUCAGCCUAUGCGAGUUAAUUUCAUAACAAUGGCCCAACUUUGUCCAAGCAAUGACAUUCUGAAAUCCUAACCAUUUUGUGGGCAUUGAGGAACCUCUUUAAGAUAAAUUAAAAAAAAACAAUUAUUUGGGGACAUUGCUGCUUUUGCCCUUAAUCAGAUAUAUGAUGUAUUAUGCUUUAACAUCUAUACUGCAAAAUAAGGUUGCAAGACUUAAUUUGUUUAACACAACCCUGUCUAGCAGCCAAAGGGUUAAAAGUCUUCUACUUCCUACUCCGUAAGCAGUCAUUGGCCUUUCCAGCAUACCCAGAUCUCAAUGGGACUUUAAGCACCUUUUGCUUUUGUGCAAAAAUGUCUCUUUAUCCAACAUUCCCUAGAGAUGCUAAAAAGCAAAAUCUGUAACCUAGUUAUUCUCAAUACUGCUAAUUGCCUGAAUCAGCUAUUUGAUUUCCAAGGUUUGCACAAUGCAGAAUUUGCUUUUUGGCUUCUCUAGAGGGUCAAACAUAAGUUUACACAAAACCAAUGCUUAAUGUCCUUUUAACUGCGCAACCAGUUCACUAACAUUUUGUAGAUACAUGGUCAGUUGUAAAUCAGCUGCAGAACAAGGGAACUGGUGAAUUUGGAGAGGCUUGUAAAGUUUUGGAGGUAACAAAGGCCGCUGCCCACUGAGGUCAUCUUCAGUAUAGAUGGCCAGUAAGACCAUCUCUAUUUUUCUUGCAGUAUUGGAAUGGUUUUCUAAGUCAUGGUUUUCUGGUUAAAUGCCCUUGCUCUAUUUCGGGUAGGUAUUGUCAAGUGGCAACUUUUAUUCUAUGUUUCAAAUUAUUGGGGUUACAUAUCGAAUUAGAGAAUAUAAUAAAGUAGUUUGCACCUAGGAAUUUAUAUGCAGUUUGCUGAAAUUACAAAAUCAGCUUCCAACUCAGGCCUCAGACCCCUAUAAUUUUGUAUGUCUGGAUUGUUAUACAUUGCACAAUAAUUUAACCUCUCUGGAGCUAAGCAGUUAAACUCACUAACAGGAAUGGACAACACAAGUGAUUACCUGAUUCCCGCAGCGGGUCCUAUAUUUAAAAACCUAUUAACAUACUAGUCCCCCUAAGCAGAGCUCUAAUGCGAAAUUUAAUUUUUAGUUUCUAAUAAUUAUUUUCUUUAUCUGAAUCUUUUUUCCUCCAAAUAGAAUAGUGAAGCAAAACAAUACACUUGUGUGACCUUGCUUUAUUUUUUUUUAUAUAUUUUUUUGUCAUAGUUUGUCAUAGUUUGCACAAUAUUUCCUACCAGCCAUUGCAGUAGUGCAAUUGUUAUACUAUUUCCUCCUAUUGUAAGGCCCUAUAAAAUGCAUUAUGAUUUGAAAAUCAAUGUGAGAUAAGUCUAAAAUAUUGUAAAAUUAUUUAUAGUAGCCAAAAAUAAGUUCUAAAAUGUGUAUCACACUUCUAAAUCGUUUAAGGCAUGUUUUAAAAGGAAAACAUGUAUGGUCUAAAAUCUAGAAAAUAUUAUUUUUAUAUUGCCAUACAGGCAAUCCACAGCGCCACCUAGUUUCCCAAACUGUCUUUACUGUAUCUGGUACAACUUGCAACACUUAAUUUUGUGUUCAUUUCUAAAAGGACAACGAGGCAAUACAUUAGGUUUAAUAGACCACUUCCAACUAACUGAUUAUAAAUGUUUGCUGCUAAUAAAAAUUAGAAUAUACAUUUAGCAUGAACAAUAUAGUCAGAGAGAAGCUGUAUUUCACCAAAACAAUAAAGACAAAAUGCAGCAUUCUUACAAGCUGGGUAGAAAAAUACCAACUCAAACAUAGCAAAGGUGGUCUGUAUGAUAAUUUAACCUACUAUCCUUCACAUAACUUGCUUUAUAUGCAAAUAAGAAUACAUAAUGUUAAUAUUGUGGGAUCUAUAGCCAUCUAUAGCCUGCAAUGUUAAAAAAAAAAAAACUCACAAGAUUUGUACACUCAUUAAACUGCUAGAUGAAGCUGCAAAGACCCCAAUAAUUUCAAAUAAAAGAAUGAAACAUUGUCAACUGUGAGGGGAUAAUCUGAACUCACUGGGUCUUCCAGAUAAUAUGUAACAGCUCUGGGCUCCAAAAAUAAACUUUUUUUUUUAUUUUGGUUAUUUCUUUUUUCUUUUUGUAAAGAUGUCAUUUUUUUUGCUUUAGCUUCUUUCCUCCCUCAUCAUCCCAGCUGAACAAUUUGAAACAUGUUCCGCAUUUUUGUUAAACAAAUCUGUCAGAAAUAUAUUUUUAAUUUAAUAUAAAUGCAAUUCAAUAAAAUAUGGUACAAAGAU